AUGCCUCGAUCCUUUAUGGUGAAGAGUAAGAAGGCGCACAGUUACCACCAGCCCCGGAGUUUGGAGGAUGAUUACAGCAGACUGGACUCUAUUUUGGCCCACAUAUGCUCAGGUUUGUGAAGAAUCAUCCUUUUUCAAGAGUAAUCUUCCUGCGCAAAAUAGCAGUAAUGUUUUGGCAUUUUUAAAUUGAAUGGCACGGAGGGUCAUUAAUGUGACAAAAAUCUUCAAGGUGCACGGAGCUAACAGUUUCUUAUGAUGCCUGGACACCAUUCCUCCUAAGAGGCCUUCAUUUUGUCUUAUUGCGCCGAAACCGAUAAAAAAUAGUUUAUAGGCAGACAAAAUCAGAUUUUUAGAACAAACUUAAAGUAGACAUUUUCAUUAGAUGAUAUGAAUUUGCCUAUCCAUUUUAAUGUUUGACUUUUUGUUUCAAACGGCCUUUUCCUUUAUGAUAAAUUUCACCUGUGACACUUUUCUAGGUUCACCAUAAAAUUAAAUGUGCCGUCAUACUGUUUGUUUAUUUUUUUUUUUCUAGAGCCGGAAUGAGCAGAGAUGAAACUACAUGAAUGUCCAUACUUUCUUUGGUUAACAUGCUGUCCGCCCUGCUUUUUCAUUCAGAGGUGGAUAAACUCCCGGAUGACACCGACUUGUCUGAGGACAAGUACGGCCUCUCUCCAGACUCCCAGCUGGCUGACGGUGCUGAUUUCUCCCCGAAGUCUCCAAUGAGCCCGGCAGGCAGUCUGUGCGGUCCUUCCUCGGACUAUGGGGACUUCUGGAGGCCGCCGUCCCCCUCUGCAUCACCGGGUACAGACACAAGACCACAGAGACACUCGAUCAGCUAGAAUCGUGCCCUUCAAUGAUUCAGACUCUAGGCUACGUUUCAUGUCUGGGAAAAGGGGAUUGCAGCAGUAGCAGCAGAUAGGCUGAUUGUCAUAUUAAAUAAUGUUAUUUUGACAGUGUUGGACAGCUUUCUUCUCAAACUGUGAUCUGAGACACGAUUAUAAAAAUCUACAGACUAAUAUCAGAAAUGAGCACAGCCUUUUUUAACUACCAAGGUUACUAUUGAGACUUUUUUAUUGACCUCAUUUUUGUCCAUCUUUUUGUAGAGUAUUAAACAUGUCUAACUGUGAACGUGUUUUUUUUCUUCAAUAUAAAAGCCUGCACUCCCUCUUUUUCCUCUAAUAGUCAGAUUUUCAAACAGUAUCAUCAUCCAGGAAUUCUCUGAAGCAGCAUGACACUUUCUGCCCCGUUGGGCCCUGUAGGGCCCUAAAAACGUCUUGCUUUAACCAUUUAUCUGCUUUCAUUAAAAAUUCAUUUGUUUUUCUCUCCAGUUGAUUCGGAGAAAUCUCUCUCGCCUCUGGUGGACGAGACUCAGCCCUUCACUGUUCCCUUCCGGCCUUAUGCCUGGAACAGCUACCCAGGGCCCGGACUGAGGCCCCUGGUACAGCAGAGCCUCCACCCCAGCAUGGAAAUAGACAGGAGCCAGGGGUCCAUGGCCUUCUAUGGAGACAGGAGCACUCACCGGGCCCUGGACUCAUACAGGACUCUUGGUGAGGAAGCGUACGGAGACUAUAGGAGGCACGCUGCUGCUCUGCUGUUUUCUAACGGAGGCCUGCACGCUAAAGCCCACAGCAUGAAGGCUCCACCUGAGCUACUGUGUUCCAGUCUGAUCCUCAAUGGUGCCUACAAGUGUGUCAAGUGCAGUAAGGUGAGGAUGGGCACGGAAACACUGCUAUCUAUCUACUGCUUUGUGGGAUGAAAAAAAUGUAUCAGCUUUUACAAAAAGAAAAUCAAAAAUAUAUAAACAGUAUUUUUAUUUAUUUAUUUAUUUAUUUUAUUUAUUUGUAUUUGCCACAUCCCAAUGAUCCAUGUGACCUACACACUAAAGCCACCCCCUUUACUUUUGACCUUUGACCAACCAACAAAUUUCCCCAACAACAAAACAAAUUAUUGCAAAAGCUGCGCUACAAAUGUAUUUUUCAGUAUUUUUUUUUCUUGCAUUUUAAAAACCUGAACAACCAUUUUCCUUCUCCCAUCAGGUGUUUUCCACCCCGCACGGUUUAGAAGUCCACGUCCGCAGAUCGCACAGUGGCACCAGACCGUUUGCAUGCGACAUCUGCGGCAAAACCUUCGGACACGCUGUCAGUUUGGAGCAACACAAAGCUGUGCACUCACAGGUAUGACCUCUUCGAAAGUUCAAACAGCCCGGAAUUCACACCUCUUCGCAGGGGUCUGCAUCUUCUUGUUCUCCAAGCCCGUGUUUCUGUCAAUGUGCCACCUCUGAACUCGCAUCUGCUCGCUUUAUAGGAAAGAAGUUUUGACUGCAAAAUAUGCGGCAAAAGUUUCAAGAGGUCGUCAACUCUGUCGACGCAUCUGCUCAUCCACUCUGACACCCGGCCGUACCCGUGCCAGUACUGUGGGAAGAGGUUCCAUCAGAAGUCCGAUAUGAAGAAACACACAUUCAUCCACACAGGUGAGUGAGGAACGAGAGACUGUUGUUUUAUUGACAAGAUCAACAGUUUGGGGAAUCCCCUCAUGCUCCCAGCGGAGGGUUAAUGUUCUGUGAAAAUCUCCCUGAUUUUUUUUAAUCAAGACUUCAUGUGAUAAAAAAAAUUCGUUCUUUUUUUCCAGGUGAGAAGCCGCACAAAUGUCAGGUGUGUGGGAAAGCGUUCAGCCAGAGCUCCAACCUGAUCACACACAGCAGAAAACACACCGGAUACAAACCUUUCGGCUGCGACCUGUGCGGGAAAGGCUUCCAGAGGAAAGUGGACCUGAGGAGACACAAAGAGACACAGCAUGGACUCAAAUGA